AUGUUCAACCCGCCGGGGAUGAUGGUGAUAUGGGCCAUCCUGUCAUUAUGGUUGACCCUCGCCCACGCCAUGGGAGACAGCCGAGUCCACGAACUCAGACAAGAAACUGAGCGCAUGUUCUUCCAUGGCUUCGAGAGCUACCUUCACUACGCGUUCCCCGAAGACGAACUGCGCGCGCUGACCUGCGGCCCCCUCGUUCGCGAUGACAAAAACCCCGAGAAUAAUGAUGUGCUGGGGAACUAUUCCUUAACUCUGAUUGACAGUUUGUCGACUCUGGCAAUCAUCUCCUCGAGCCCGGACAGUGGCGAGCGUGCACUGGCGCAUUUCCAGAAUGGAAUUGAGGAUUUCGUGAGGCUCUAUGGAGAUGGAUCGGAGGGCCCUGCUGGUCAGGGUGAGAGGUCCAGAGGUUUCGACCUGGAUAGCAAGGUCCAGCUCUUUGAGACUGUAAUCCGGGGACUCGGUGGACUGCUCAGCGCUCAUCUUUUCGCUGUCGGCGAGCUCCCCAUUGCUGGUUAUGAGCCUCCAGAGCCCGAAGCUGCCUAUGCGAGCGCUUGGGAUAAAACGGAUUUUGAAAAGGGAGAACAUGGAAUUCCCUGGAGCAGCGGGUUUGUCUACGAUGGCCAGCUGCUUCGACUAGCCGUUGAUCUAGCCCAUCGCUUGCUUCCUGCUUUCUACACAGAAACUGGUCUCCCAUAUCCGCGCGUCAAUCUACGUCACGGUAUACCAUUCUACGAGAAUGCGCCCUUGAAUCCAAAUUCUGGAAAGAGGGAAGACAAGCACAACGCCAAAUCCUCAUCAGAAACCGACCCUGCCGAGACUUGCAGCGCUGGUGCAGGUAGUCUGGUACUUGAGCUCACAGUCCUUAGUCGGCUCACCGGCGAUGGACGCUAUGAGGACCUGGGCAAGAGAGCAUUCUGGGCAGUGUGGAAUCGCCGAAGUGAUAUUGGAUUACUUGGAUUCGGUAUAAAUGUGGAGUCCGGGAACUGGGUAGGGCCAUGGACCGGAAUCGGUGCGGGUAUUGACAGCUUUUACGAAUAUGCUGUUAAAGUCCCCAUUCUUUUGUCUGCGGGACAGCCCGUGCCGUUUGAUCUCAAUAGUCCCUGGGCGGCAAUGGACUCGUACUAUGCAAAGUCCCCUCUGACACCUUACCAACACACCUCAGAGGCCUUCCGCGAGGCCUGGGAAGAAUCACACGCAGCGAUAAACCGGCACCUUCUUCGUGGCGAAGGAUAUCAGCAUCCUCAUCUCAUUGUUGGCGAUGUUAUGACCGGUGCCACGCGAGCUUUCUGGAUCGAUAGCUUAAGUACGUUCUACCCGGGCGUUCUUACUUUGGACGGAAAGGUGGAGGAGGCGAUCCAAAUUCAUCUGUUGCCAACCGCCAUUUGGACUCGCUAUGCGGGUAUUCCUGAGCGCUGGAACGUGGCUACGGGUGACAUCGACAAUGGUAUGCCUUGGUACGGAGGCCGGCCGGAGUUUAUCGAAUCCAAUUACUACAUCUAUCGAGCGACCCAGGACCCCUGGUAUCUGCAUGUUGGAGAGAUGGUCCUCAGCGAUCUCAAGCGACGAUGCUGGACUAAGUGCGGCUGGGCUGGCAUCCGAAAUGUUCUCACUGGGGAGCUGAUCGACCGGAUGGAGAGCUUCUUCACAGGGGAGACUGCUAAAUAUUUAUACCUCCUGUUCGACCGGGAACACCCGCUCAACAAGAUUGAUGCGCCCUGGGUUUUCAAUACGGAGGGGCAUCCUUUGAUUAUUCCAACCAAAAAGGCAUCACCGCCCCGUCGGCAGCGAUCGCCAUCUCAGGACCAGCCAAUUCCACCGGGAGUGUGUCAAAUCACACCCGCGCUGGUCUUUGGUGUAUCUUCGACUGCAUCUCGCUCAGAUAUCUUCCAUGCUGCGACACUGGCACGCUUAGAACUGAUGCCCGAUCGCACAGCAGCUAAGAGCCCUGUUCUGCAAGGCUCUUCCGAACACCAAAGUGUCUAUGUGACUGAUCUUACGUCUCCGACGAACUACACUUUCUAUCCAUGGACGCUUCCUCCCCAACUGGUUCCUCACAAUGCUACCAGUGCUCCUAUGGCCGUUCGACCCACGCUCGAUAUUUCAUUCCCCUCGCUUCCGGGCGGUGUCAACCUUGGUCCCGGGGCGUUGGAGCGAGUUCGAGAUGGGGUUCUUGUGAAGACCAUUGGAGGACUUCGCCUCAGUAUGGUACAGGAUGUACGGCUGGAGGAUCCGACUCCCACGACAGGGGGUGAAGACGGGUAUCGGGUGCAAGUCAUCAAUAAUGUGCCGUUGGGCAAAGAUGAGAAGGUAUAUCUCUCUCGGCAGAUCACCUUUGAUGUCGUCGAUCCGUAUGAUCCGAACUUUACACGUGUUCGCGACAAUACCAUGCUUGACCUCGUCAUUGACGUACUCCCAGAGCCCUCUCGCCGACGCAAUGCUUCGGCUCCUCCGCGAGAUGAACAGUCUCAAGCAGACCAUCCGCAGCUGGCAGACUCCAACAAACUUGCCUCCCGAGUCGACGCCGCCAUCGAAUCGCCUGACUCAACUGUAAGGGCCAUCUUGUCAUCACUGGUCAACUCAGUAUCGUCUCUCCUGCGGGACGAGCCAGCAGACCCCGCUCCGUUGCGUCUGAGUCUCCCGGCUGCCAUUUCCACGGGCGUUGGAUCUGCCAUGCUACCUGACAUUGAAGAUGCCGUCACAAUGUCUCUAUUUGGAAGCCAAUCGACCAAGGCUUUGACUUGGUCGAAUAUAUACUUUGCCGGCGACCUUUGCAACGAGCGCAUUCCACGCGAAGUCGCCCAGCACCAUGAAGUUCUUGUGAUCAAGAGGGGCGGCUGCACAUUUUCCGAGAAGCUUCGCAACAUUCCCGCAUACCGGCCUAUACGAAACGCGCUGAAGCUAAUCGUUGUCGUCUCGUACGAUGACGUGCCUGAUUAUCAACAAACUAGCGGCACGAGGCCUUCACUCGCCGCUGCCCGCGCCGAGCCCAUCCUGAUUCGCCCCCACCUUGAGGAGGCGCAAAUGACACCCAGCGGCAUUCCACGUAACUAUCUCAUCAGUAUGGUGAUGGUGGGCGGUGGAGACGAGACAUAUCAGCUCCUGCAACAUGCAGGCGGCAUUGGUGUCAAGAGACGAUAUACGAUGCGCUCGCGCGGCGUUCCUAUCACAAAUUUACAUAUUGUUUGA